ACGCUGCACGCUCACGGUGUCCCCCGGUGUCCGCUCUCAAGUGCGCGCCUCCAACAGCGACCGACAGCAGAGAGAUAAUAUAAUGGGGUCUGAAGGGCUACCACAAUGGGAGGAGUAUGAAAGUUAUCCUGAGCCCUGCCCACCAACUGCAAAACAUAUAAGACGCUGGAGUGGAGCAAAAAGCAGGCACUUAAGCCUUAAAUCUUGAUGAAAACACUGACUAAAGACAAAAAUAACUUCACCUUAACUCCCUUCAUUUAUCUGUUAUUUUAGGGUUUCAUCAUUAUGACCUCACUGGCAUUUGAUUGACAUAUCUGAAAUAUUUUUCUCACCUGAUAUGGAUAUACAAGAGCUUUAGUAGUUUUUUUUCCUCUCUUCCAAAAAUACAACCACUGAGCAGACUAACAGAAGUGAAGUUUUUCUUUUUUUUUUCUUUUUUGAGGAACAAGUGUGCAGAAAAAUUGUCACAAUGGCACUGGACACAGAGUUUGGUGUGAAGGGCAGCAGCAUCAUCAGGGAAUGGAGUGGACAGGUCCAGCCUGCUCUGGUUGCCUCCUUUGUUUUCCUCUUCUGUCUGGAAGCAUGUCUGUGGGUCAGGAACCUCAGGCUCAAGAAAAGACUGCCGGGACCCUUCGCCUGGCCCGUGGUGGGCAACGCCAUGCAGCUGGGCCAGAUGCCUCACAUCACCUUCGCCAGGCUAGCCAAAAAAUAUGGCAAUGUGUACCAGAUACGACUAGGCUGCAGUGAUAUUGUGGUUCUCAAUGGAGACAGGGCGAUACGUGAGGCUCUGAUACAGCACAGCACAGAGUUUGCAGGCAGACCAAACUUUGUCUCUUUCCAGAUGAUCUCUGGAGGCAGGAGUUUGACAUUUACUAAUUACGGCAAACAGUGGAAAGCACACAGGAAAAUUGCCCAGUCAAGCCUCAGAGCCUUUUCCUCUGCAAACAGUCAGACCAAAAAAGCCUUUGAGCAACACAUUACAGCUGAGGCCAUGGAACUGGUGCAGGUAUUUUUGCGGCACAGCACUGAUGGACGCUAUUUUGACCCUGCGCAUGAAUUUACAGUAGCUGCUGCUAAUAUCAUGUGUGCUCUCUGCUUCGGGAAGCGAUAUGGGCAUGAUGACCUGGAGUUCAGGAACUUGUUAAAAAGACUGAACAAGUUUGGAGAGACAGUAGGGGCAGGUAGUCUGGUAGAUGUCAUGCCCUGGCUCCAAUCCUUCCCCAACCCAGUCCGCAGUGUCUAUGAAAACUUCAAAAACCUCAAUGAGGAGUUUUUUGCCUUUGUGAAAGAUAAAGUGGCACAGCACCGAGAGUCCUUUAGCCCUGAUGUGACCCGGGACAUGAGUGACGCCAUCAUCAAUGUGAUCGAGCAUGGAAGAGACAGCGGGCUGACCAAAGACUUUGUCGAAGCAACAGUGACAGAUCUAAUCGGAGCAGGUCAAGACACAAUAUCAACCGUCAUGCAGUGGAUUGUCCUGCUCCUUGUCAAAUACCCAGACAUACAAGUCAAAAUGCAGCAGCUCAUAGACAAAGUGGUGGGCCCAGACAGACUGCCAUCAAUUGAGGACAGAAGCAACCUGGCAUAUCUGGAUGCCUUCAUCUACGAGACUAUGCGCUUUACCAGCUUCGUCCCCGUCACCAUCCCACACUCCACAACUUCAGACGUCACCAUCGAGGGUCUCAACAUCCCCAAAGACACGGUGGUCUUCAUCAAUCAGUGGUCUGUCAACCAUGACCCUCUGAAGUGGAAGGACCCCCACAUUUUUGACCCCACACGGUUCCUUGAUGAAAACGGGGCCCUUGAUAAAGACACAACCAACAGUGUAAUGAUUUUUUCAACAGGUAAAAGACGCUGCAUUGGCAACCAGAUCGCCAAGGUAGAGGUGUUUUUAUUCACAGCAGUGCUGCUGCACCAGUGCAGCUACGAAAGCGACCCCUCUGAGCCCCUCACUCUUGACUGCUCCUACGGGCUCACACUGAAGCCCCUCCGAUUCUGUGUCAGCGCCAAGCUCAGGGGAAAGCUGCUUGGCUUAGUUUCCCCAGCAUGAACAGCAUGUCCUAAUACUGUGACUCAAGGCCAGCAAACUCUUUUUCACCGAUGACAUUUAACACAUAUGAACACAUUAAACCAAGAGUGCUGAUCAAAGGAGGGAAAAAGGCUGGCAUAUUUGUGACGGCAGAAGCCUUUCAUCCAGGAGCAUCAAUCACAGUCUAAAGGACGAAGAAGAGACUUUGCUGUGGACCGUGAACACUUCAGAAACUUCAUGUAUUCAGGGUUCACUUUUACUGUACAAGCACUGCAGCUACCCCAUGCCAAACCCAAGUCUCACCAAUUCAAAGAAAACAAGUGCAGUAUUUUAAUUUUUUUCACUCAUGAUGCAUUCUCAAAAAUAUGUUUGUUUACAAGGUAACGUUUUCAAAGCUACAUGGAUGUCACUGCACGCUCUUUAAGCUUCUGUAUUCAGGAAUUGAUGUUAUAAUGGCCAAGGGAUGUGUUUCCAUGUCUGUGUCAUGGCAACAGUUCAAAACUCAGUGGGCCUUGAAUGUUAAGGCAUUUGUCUAAAAGGGUAUUUUGUAUCAGUGUGUUGGCAUUAUAUGAUGGAAAAAUAAGCUAUAUCUGAAAUGAAUAAAGUAAAUUGUUAAUGCUCA